AUGAAGGCCACAACACUCCUCUCCCUCCUCCCCCUCGCCACCGCCAAAGUCCUCUGGGACGGCCGCUUCAACGACCUCACCACCUCCUCCGACCUGAACAAGUGGUCCUGGUCGAACCAGGUCGGGCCGUACCAGUACUACAUCCACGGCUCGGGCGACGUGACGAAAUACGUCAACCUCUCGCCCGACUUCAAAAACCCGGCCGACGCCGCCUCGAAGCAGGGCGUCCGCAUCACGCUCGACUCGACGGCCUACUGGAACGGGCAGAACAUGCGGCGCACCGAGCUCAUCCCGCAGACCAAGGCGGCCAUCGCGUCCGGCAAGGUGUGGUACCACUUCUCCAUCUCGCGGCGCGAGGCCAACGCGCCGUCCAUCUUCCGCGAGCACCAGAUCGCCUUCUUCGAGAGCCACUUCGUCGAGCUCAAGAGCGGCUGGAUCAGCGGCGAGAGCGCGGCCAGCAACCCCAACCUGCAGUUCAUGGUGCAGCAGAAGAGCCUGUGGAAGACGGAGUGGAAGGCGGGCGUGUGGCAUAACAUUGCGUACGAGAUUAACUUCUCCAGCGGCAGUGUUGGAUUCUGGCACUCCGAGGGCAGCGCGCCUUUGCAGCAGGUCGUUGCUCCCGUUUCGGCCUCGACGUCUUCCAACGGUCAGGAUUGGCACUUGGGCGUUCUUGAGUUGCCUCGCGAUGGGUACCCCGACACCAAUGAGGACUUUUACUUCUCCGGUGUUUACGUUGAGGAUGGCGCAAUCACGACCUCCGUCACUGGACCCGGUAAGUCCUGUUGA